AUGAAGACUAGGCUCGAAGCUGGGCGCCCCGUUCAGAUCUCAGACCAGGAUCUCCUGCAGUGGUUCAUCUACACUGAUGCUGCAUACAACAUGGAAGAACAAACUGGUGGUAUAGGUGGAGUCCUGGUUGACCAAUCUGGAGUAUGUGUACAAUGGUUUGGUUUUCCCCUCAAUGAAGAAAUGUGCAAGACGUUUGGUUGCCAAACAAAACAGUCCAUUAUUUAUGAGCUUGAAUUGGUAGCUGCAGUACAUGCCCUUUCUUACUGGGGCGACCAUCUGGCUGGAAACCUGGCCACAUGGUUCGGAGACAAUGACAGUGUGAGAUAUGCCUUGAUCAGAGGAGCUGCCAUCGGGCCUUGCGGUGAGGUGAUCAUGAGGUUUCAUCUUGAGAAGGAAGCAAGCCUGCACUCCCGUGCAUGGUUUGCUCGAGUCCCGACAGAAGCAAACAUUGCUGACUUCCCUUCAAGGCUUUCUCAACACCCGCUCCUUGUUCCAAAAGCAGAUGUUACCGACAGUGCACGCCAUAGUUUUCAGAGCUUGAUUUCGACAGUCGAUUCGAACAGUGGAAUACACGUUGUUGAUGGGGGAGAUAAGGAACGUGCAUCCCCCAGUUCGAAAAAGAAGCGCUGGUUGGCUUAG